AUGGGCAGCCAAAAGCGCAUAGCCAAGGAGCUCGCUGAGCUUGUUGAAUCGCCUCCUGCGGGUAUCAGCGUCGAAUUAGUUGAUGAGUCAAACCUUUACGAGUGGAAGGUACGCAUGGACGGCCCUGAAGGAUCACCAUAUCAGGGCGGAAAUUUCGCAUUGAAACUGUCGCUACCUACUGAAUACCCAUUCAAGCCUCCCAUCGUCUCCUUCUCGACCAAGAUCUACCAUCCAAAUGUCACAAACGACGAGAAAGGCAGCAUGUGCCUGGGAAUGCUGCGCGCAGACGAAUGGAAGCCCAGCUCAAAAAUCAAUGCUGUCCUUCAGUUCGCUCGCCAACUUUUGGCCGAGCCCAUGCCCGACGAUGCUAUUGAAGGAAGGAUCGCAGAGCAAUACAGGAAUGAUCGGGCGCGCUAUGACGAAGUUGCACGUGAAUGGACCCGAAAAUAUGCAGUCUCCAAGUAG